UAUGAAGCCGUUCAGUUGCACACAACAAUAUGGAAAUAGCUACGACAAAAGAAUUACUUCCCUUGAAAAACGUCGGGUCGACAUAUGUGUCAUUAAAUUAACCAAGUCAAAACAUUUCCCUCAAACCUCCAUAACGGCGAUCACAGUGGAAGCCAUGAAGACAUCUUGUUACGCUGGCGUCUUUUUGUUAGGUGUCUGUGGGUUAGGAACAGCUUUGAUGACAAUGAAUCGGCCAUCCCCUUGGGAGGUUGUUGCCGGGAUGAAUGCUUCUGUCUCCUGCUCCGCUCAAUGCACAUCGUCAUGUAGCCUGUCCUGGAAGAAAGAGGGCGACGAUACAUUUUUUCAUGCGGGCGGAACUCUCUUGCUCCAUCCAGUUGAAAUACCAGAUCACGGAAAUUAUACCUGUGUUUUUGAGCAAGAUGCGAAUCAACGCGAAAACCAGACCAUUGAAAUUCUUGUGAACUACCCUUCGAGGAAUGUUUCCGUGUCCUUCACCAAGAUGAGCACAAAUAUCACGCUCAUGUGUUCUGUGGAUGGAUUUCCUCCCCCUCUCGUCAAAUGGUACAAGGAUGGAGUCAACAUUCACAGUGAAAAUCUGACAGAUAAAUAUGGCCGACAUCAACAUCCGGUUGAUGGUUUCAGUAGUUUCUACAGGGUGACCGACGCCGGAUGUGAAGAUGGAGGAAAUUACGUGUGUCAAGCCAACAACAAUGCUGCUUUAAAUCACAGCACAGUGGAAAACAACAUAGAGGUUGAAGUAGACUGUGAUCCAGAACUGUAUGACGCAGCUGACCAGUCCAGAGUCUAUCCACUGGUCAACCAGUCCAGAGUCUAUCCACUGGUCAAGGGAGAAACCAUCGUGGUCAAUUUCACUGUGCGAGCUAACCCAAGGCCUGUACUAGCCACGUGGACAUUCUACGGACAGUCGAAAAUAAACCUUUUGAAAAAUAAUUCAGAUAGAAUGGAUGAAUACCGAUUGAAUAACUCGUCGGACAUCUAUUAUUUUGAAUUUUCCCAUUUUAAUGUCACUGACAACAGAAGAGGGCUGUACAGUGCAGUUCUGGCCAAUGGUGUUCAGUACCCUCUGAAUCUGACCUAUACUCUGAGUAUAGAAUCUGAAUCAGGAACGUCGUCCAGCGCUCCAUAUCUCAACAGUACAAACCAAGUGAACGUCACCAGUUCGUGCCUGGACCUUGAGUGCAACUACAUGUUUGUCUUCAUCAGUGGAGGUGUAUUUCUGGUGGUAUUGAUCCUGGUCGUGGUUAUUGCCGUCGUUCUGCACGGUCCCCUGAAUGUGCUGGUGAGAUGCGUAACUGGUCUGUUCUAUUGCAAGUGUUGCGGUGAUGGUCUGAGGAAGCUGUGGGUGUCGGUGCCGUCAAAUGAGGACAUUAACGAGGACGACUUGGACUACAACUUUGUGAUGCGGAAAGGCGGGUUCCCCAUCGGUGCCAGCAAUGCUUACAUCCUUGACACGCCCAUGUCCUUUGGGUCAGUCCAGGUACAAACCACGGGGUGCUAAACGUCAGCUGGAACAGUUUCCAACUACACAAAAGAGACAAAAUCCUUUCCAUAAUCAUAAAAAAUAUGUUAAAAGAUGAGUCCAUUGAUCGAUUCCGAAUGCAUCAGAAUAAUGUGUCUACGAAUCAUUGUCAAAUCAGUAGAACACGGAUAUAACGAACUACAAGGGACCAGAGAAAUGAGUUCGUUAUAUCCGUUGUUCGUUAUACACGUUUUCGCUCGGAAACGUCCGCCAUCUUGGAUAAGACAAAACACAAUACACGUAAUUGCAGUGUUACACGUGAAAUCUUCAUGGCCUAAUUUCACUGCAAGUUCGCCAGCUUUGGUCUGCAGUAACGGACCACUAACCGGAAUGUUUUCGCUUCUCACGGCUUGAAACCAUUUGAAGAGGGCGUCCUCUACGUCUUGGUGAUUGGCAGCUCGUAACCUCUUCCGGGCGGGGCCAAAUUCAGUCGAGUCGCAGGAUUCAAGAAUGGAUUCUCCCUUGUGAUGACAACAGAUGCUCGCAAUGAGUUGCGUGAACUGCACUGGCUAUAGUUGUCCACCCUGCUCUUCCUGCGAUAGUCGACCGCCUCCGUGUUUCAGGUAUAAAACAGAAUUCAUCCACUCACUCUCCGCUCAUUCAAUUAUCUUGUAUAUGACAUGGGGACCUUCCUGUUAAAGGACCGCUUCCGUGGUCUAGUGGUAGAGCGUCCACCCGGAGUGAGAAAGGUCCCGGGUUCGAUCCCCGGCCGCGUCAUACCAAAAGACGUUAAAAGAUGGUACUUGUUGUUA